CAUUUUCAAUGGCGGCGUCUGCUAGUCGCGUCUGCUAUCGCAUUUAUCUGUUGCAUUCCAAGCGGCCAUAGUUCUCGGAAACAAGUUUCCAACGUUUCCCGCCAAAAGCCGUCAGCCGUCAUCUGUGUAUCGGAGUAUCGGAAGUGUCGCGGCACAUCAGACUUGGCAUAUUUGUUAUAUCACUUCGUAUAUCAUUUCGGCGACAAAAUGUACGUCAAAGUGAGGACGAUGGACGGGAAGAAGGAGGCGAUUAUAACGAUCUCCAAGCUCACAAGCGUGGAAGAUUUAAAGGGUGCGAUUGAAAAGCAACUGCAUGUUGAGACAGAUAUGCAGAGAUUAUUUUUUCGUGGCAAACAAUUAGAAAAUGGCUACAAGCUAUACGAUUAUGACAUUAAUUUAAACGACGUUAUACAGCUUAUGAUAAAAAUAAAGUUUGAUGAUACAGAGAACAAAAUUAGUGAUAAUAGCAUAAAAGAAAAGAGAGAAUUGAAUGAAGAUAAAGAAGAAGGACUGGUACAAGCGGAGAGCUUGUAUUACAAAGUUGGAGAUGCGAUAGACUGCCUCGAUGAAGAGAACGGUGCCUGGUUUGAAGCUAUUGUACAAAACAUUUUCCAAAAGGGAGAAGAAAUAAUUUAUAAUGUCCUGUGGGAGUUCACGAAUGAUGGAUUCCCUUUCAAUGUACCUGAAAUGCGUAUACGGCCACGUGCCAUCCGUCUCAUAUCAUUUGACAAAUUAUCUGAAGGCCAAAAGAUAAUGAUCAAUUAUAAUGUAGAGGAGCCUAAAGAAGUUGGAUUGUGGUAUGACUUUACAGUUGCCAAAAUAGAAAAGAAAAAAAGAUUGCAACAACUGACUGGAACAUUGCACAUUGGCUGCAAUAAUCAGCUUGAGCUGCUGAAGAUUAAUUCCAAAGGAGAAAUAUAUCAAAUUGAAGUACGCAAAUUAUUAACAGAGAGAACAUCGGAAGAUGAAAAAUUCAUGAUCAGCAAUGGCAAACGCAGACGUGUUGCCGCCACUUGCUCGACGUGUAUGGACAAUCCGCGUAAGCAGUGUCGAGAAUGCGGUUGCAAAAUAUGCGCCGGCAAACAGGACGAAAAUAAACUCUUACUUUGCGACGAAUGCAACCACGCGUAUCAUUUGGGAUGUCUGAGCCCGCCGCUCGAGGCAAUUCCAACUGAAGAUUAUUGGUAUUGUCCUGAAUGUAAAAACGACGAAAACGAAAUCGUCAAGGCGGGAGAUAAAUUGAAAAAGUCGAAGAAAAAAUCUAAAUCUGAAGACAAGAAGCCGAAGAAGGAUUGGGGAAAAGGAAUGGCUUGCGUUGGCAAAACAAAGAUAUGCAGUUUGGUCCCUUCGAAUCACCGGGGUCCUAUUCCAGGUGUAGAAGUUGGCACGAGUUGGAUGUUUAGACUGCAGGUAGCGGAAGCGGGAGUGCACAGACCACAUGUGGCCGGCAUCCACGGACGAGAAACGGAUUGCGCGUACUCUAUCGUUUUGUCUGGUGGUUACGAGGACGACAUCGACAACGGAGACGAGUUUUUAUACACCGGUUCCGGUGGCAGAGAUUUAUCAGGUAACAAAAGAACCGCUGGACAGAGUAGCGAUCAGAGAUUGACUAUGCAGAAUAAGGCAUUGGCAAGAAAUUGUAACGCCAAGUUAAAUGAAAAAACAGGCGCGACUGCUAGGGACUGGAGAGGAGGGAUACCGGUCCGAGUAGUACGCAAUUUUAAAUUAAAGAAACAUAGUAAAUAUGCACCAAAAGAGGGUAACAGAUACGACGGUAUAUACAAAGUAGUAAAGUAUUAUCCAGACACAGGCAAGAGUGGCUUUCGUGUUUGGAAAUUUGUAUUGCGGAGAGAUGAUCCUACUCCUGCGCCCUGGACUAAAGAAGGCAAGGUGAGAAUCGCUUCGCUCAAUUUAAAAAUGAUAUAUCCCGAGGGAUAUCUCGAAGCAAUGGAGCAGAAGAACACAGCUGUGAAACGAAAAGCUGAAGAUACUACAAGCCCGAAGAGAAAUAAGAGUCCGCCCAAGAAAAAACUUAAACAGGAAAUGUACGAUUUAGAAGACGAAUUGAAGAAUUUGAUAGAAAGUGACAAAUUAAAUGCUAAAUUGUGGACUGAAUGCACUGCGGCAUUGCCCGAUGGAAAAUCCGCCUUCCUGCAAUAUGUUUCAGAAAGAUUCACAUGCGCCUGUUGCCUCGAAAUAGUUUAUAAGCCGGUAACGUCUCCCUGCGCACACAAUAUCUGCUUAAGGUGUUUAAAACGAAGUUUUGCCUCCGAGGUAUAUUCCUGUCCCUCGUGUCGACAUAAUCUAGGUAAAACUUACAACAUGGAAAUCAAUCAGUCAUUGGCGUCCGCAUUAUUAUUAAUUUUUCCUGGUUACGAGGGCGGAAGGUAGAAAAUUAUUUUUUUUUAUAAUUAUAUUAUGGUUUGUUUAUAAAGUACAAUAAUAUGUGAGCAGUCGAGUCGUUUGUCUGAUUUCAAGACAAAUUAUAUAAAAUUGUAAAAUCCUGUAAUUCGUCGUUUUCGAAUCGACAGUUCAAACGUAGAAAUUUAAUUUUAAAAUAGAAAUUCUUUAUAUUCAAUAUACAUAUUAUGUCAUAUAUAGUACAUAACUUUUGACAUAACUUUUUAUGUUUAUAGAAAAAAAUAAUUAU